UUGACUGUGGCCAACACAUGACAACGAUGACAGCCGUUUCGUAUGACAAUUGACAUUGACAAUGAUAUGACAUUGACAUUUUCGUGCAGUGCAGUCGAUUGAAUUGAUUGAGUGUGCUUUGGGAAUCGGAAAUUUUCAAUAAAUAAACAAAACGCCGAUAUGGGUCGCCGCAAAUCAAAACGAAAGCCUCCGGCUAAGCGAAAAGCUAUAGAACCCCUUGAUCAACAGUUCAACUGCCCAUUUUGUAAUCACGAAAAGUCCUGUGAAGUUAAAAUGGAUCGAGCCAGGAAUACAGCUCGAAUACAAUGUCGAGUAUGCUUAGAAGAUUUCCAAACUACUACUAAUGUUUUGUCUGAGCCUAUAGAUGUUUAUAAUGAUUGGGUGGAUGCAUGCGAAACUGCAAAUUAAUAUUUUAAUUAUCUUCUUAAUCAAUAUGUGUAUUUUUAAUUAUAUUUUUGUGUACGACUUGUAUUUUUGUGUCAAGAUCUUAAUUAAGUUUUUAAAUAAAUGUAUUUAAAAUUAAA